CAUUUAUGGGAGAGAAAGAAGCCACUAAGAGGGAGACCAGUCAAAGAACUCCUGGACUUGAUGGAUGAGAGAGAAAUGUUGGAGACCAUCUUGGACAAUCUUCGUCCUUUCCAGAUUCCUUCAGACCAAAAACUGCCCAGGAAGAAAACAACUAGAUUGCCCCCCAUCCAGCAAAGCACAUCCCACUUCUCAUCUCAAGACAAGAUUAUGCUGUAUAAAUACUAUGGGGUGAAGCUGCAACAAUCAAGGCAGAAAGAGUUAGUUACGGAGCAGCUAAGAAAACUGCUAAGUUUUUCACUGCAGGAAGAAAAAGACAGAGAGGGAAUCUCAGAAAGCAUAAACAUCGUUGCCUAUUGCCACCUGCCACAAAUUUUAGGGGUCCUGGAGGAGGCUGGUCACUUCCGUCAGCCAAAGUCACCUUCUGAACUUAAAGCCCCGACUGAGGACUUACAGACUCUCUCUGAAAGAUGGAUUCGGACAACGUUAAUAUUGUGUUAUGGCCAAGCAGUCCUCGGAGCCCAAGCAAACGAGAUGGUGCCUCUCCUGGACAACAUUGUCUCUGAAAUUCUUGGGCAGUAUGGCACCAUGAACAAGGACGAAGGGCUGAAGACUGCGUUCAUGAGGUCAAUUAUCAUGAUCACGAAAGCUGUUGCCUACAGCAAGAGGCAAGACAUCUAUUUACCACGUAAACAGGAAUUGGUCAUGAACAUCAUUGAAGCCAUUGAAGAGCAUCCCGCAAGAGCCCUGUCUGUCGUCAUUCUCCAUAAAGCAAUCGUCACCAUCACCUGCAUGAGCCGUAUGAAGCCUCCCUUGAACUCGGAGAUGAGGGCAAAAGUGGCAAGUAAAAGCAUCGAGAAGGUGUUUUCCUUGCCACCUUUGAAGAUGACCACACUGCAAGCAAGCAGCCCAGCCCAAUCAACUCAAACUCAGGAUUUUUAUCACCAGACAGUGAACGCCUGCAACACCAUGCUCACCAGCUUGCUGUCCGAGGCUCCCAAUCUGGAUGCCCUGCAGGAUAUCUUGAUGCACACGAAUCCCUGGAUUGAAUCUUCCAAGAGUCAUGAGAAAAAGAGGGCCCUUAAGAGCACCAGGCACCUCCUGAAGUUUGUUUCAGAAAAUGUAAAUUUUGACAUCACAGCUGAGUUUUUUUUGCUGGGACGGCUGGUGGCUUUGCUGGCCCUGCACAUUGGCGAUACCAGCAAAGAAGUUGGCCAGACGUCCGCAGAGGCCGCCUACUACCUCCACCACCUCCUCAUGAGCAAAAUGGCCAAAGAAAUGGACCAGAAACCCAAGAACAAGAAGGGGAAUAUCGUUCGUUGGCUGAGGGAGGACUUCUUCAUUUCGGGCCCAACAAUAUUUUAUAAUAACAUCUCCAAAAUGGCUAAGGCCUUUGGUGAACAUCUUGGCCCAUCCCAAUCAACAGAGGUGAUUUUCAAAGCCCUGGAGGUCCUGACACACCAGGAGAAGAACAUGUCAUACACUGCAGGACUAAUGCUGAGUUCAUUCUUGGAGGAAUGUGGGAUGGAAAUGGAGGAGCUGCCUAUGAUCGUCAAGGAGAUGUACACGAGUCUCCCGAAUAUCUUGGACCCUGCCACGAAAGGAGAAUGUCUAAAGGCAGUGUGUCACCUGGCCGCAAAACGGGUGAACGCAGUCGUCGACAUUCUCCUUGAAUGCUCGGUGGCCUGCGAUGGAAGUGCCAGGGAGCUAUGGAAGGCGCUGGCUGAAGACCCCUAUGCCAAUAUGAAAAUCAUGAAGCCCCUCCUCAAAAGGCUUCAGGACAAAGACCCCAGCACCGAAGCCGUCGGGAGGAGAAACAGCAAGUCUCCCAUGCCCAUUGCGGCCACCAAUGCUCUCUGUUUUCUUCUAUCCCUUCCUAAUGCGGCGAACACUCUGCAACACAAGUUCCCCAACCUGCUCAUCGCCCUCGUAACCCAGCUUUAUUUUCUCCUGGGAGCAAGCAAGAGCGGGUCCAGGAGAUCCAGCAGAGUCACUGAGGUUUCAGAGCAAAUCAACCUCUUGGGCAACACAGUGCAAACGAUCAAAAACCUGAUCAUGUGUGCUGGCUAUGAAGAGGAGUUCAAUGAUUUGGAGAAGCUGGGAUGUUGGGAUAUGCUGGUGACCCCUGAUAGUUUCUUUGAAGGAAUCUUCCAUCUGAUCCGGAACUUGUUCAGCUUGUCUAAAGUGGAGCUCAAGACCUUUUUUAGACAAGCCAACACCUACCUGCGCCGCCCCGAUCUCCGGGAGAAGACUAUCGGGAUGGUUUUCUUUUCGGAGCUUCUGUAUCACCCGGAGGUUGGCAACUUCUUUAUUAUGCAAGAUAUUCUCCAUGUUCUCAUGGAAUGGAUGACUGAGCCGUAUGCCCUCAUACAAUUCUUCAGCAUCCGAGGUCUUGGAUACCUUUUGCAGCGCCCUUUCGAGAAGAAGAUGUUGGAGCCAUUCUUAACACCAUUGGUCAACUGUGCAGCCCAUCAAAACAAGAGUGUUGCAAAGGAAGCGCUGAGGACCCUCAAUUUCCUCUUCCGUCAUCUCAGUGUGACCACACAUGGAGGCAGGGCUGCAAAUCUAAUUCCAAUCCUUCCGAAAUAUUUCGCUGAUGACGACAUUGAAUUGAAGAAUGUCUCAAUCAGAAUAUACGAUCUUCUCCUGAAAGGAGUGAAGGAUUUACCUAAUAGUGAUGUAAUAAAGGGUUUGUGAAGGACAAACAUUUAGUUU